AUGAGUGUGUUCAAAGAGUACAACGAGAAAGAACGUACUGGAAUCGAGCCGAAACACGUGGAACUCAUUGAAUUCGACGACGAAGAAGAGGACGAUGAUUCGUUGUGUGGAAGGGCGUUUGAAAGACAGGCGGGAGAUGAGCGCACUGUCAAGAAACUGAUCUCGGCGGUGUACAUCGAAGGUUCCACGGAAAAGUCGAGGAGUACUUCAAAUUGCUGUUGGAUUGCGAACAAAAAAGGAGACGAAAACUGGGCGACGCCUUCGAUUUCCAACGUCAGGGAUAUGCUCGAUUGUGGAAUUUAA